AUGGUCUUGAUGACUUCCGGUGUGCCUCUCUCUUGGCCUGAAACUAAGAAGUAUGCCCCCUUGGUCCGCAGGCUAGGUGUGGAGCAGUUUAUCCGCCAGUACCAUAAGCUUUCCAAGUCAACUGGUGCCGCUCUGUAUUUCGGUGAUGAGAUUGAGUACACUUUAAUUCACAUCGAUCCUAAAACGAAGGAUACCCGGGUUCUGCUGAUAGCUUCAGAACUCGUUCCUUAUAUGCGGUGGGAAGAAAAUAAGUUACCAACUGGGAAUCAGGUUGAUGUAUUAUGGAGACCUGAGUAUGCUGCAUACAUGAUUGAAGGAACACCAGGGAAACCUUUUGGUCAUUUGCCAGAAUACAUGAAUACCGUUGAAUUCAAUAUGCAAAUGCGUCGCGAACAGGUUCAAAAACGCCUUCCAGAGAACUGCUAUAUCAUAUGCCUAUCAGCCUUCCCUAGACUUGGGUGUCCUGACUUCACGUUUCCACCUACUCGUCCAACACCCACAAAAGGAGCCUCUCGAAGUCUAUUUUAUCCUGAAGAAGCAAUAAAUGAUUCAAUCCCGCGCUUUAAAGUGCUGACCCGUAACAUACGAGAGCGCAGGGGUUCGAAGGUUGCCAUUAAUGUGCCAAUUUUCCAUGAUAACAGCACACCAAAACCGUUUGUCGAAGAUUUCUCCGCUCUUCAUGAUCCAAACGAUACUUCAGCUUCUUCUGAUGCUCUUCCUGAUCAUGUAUAUAUGGACGCUAUGGGCUUUGGUAUGGGAUGUUGUUGCCUUCAAGUCACCUUUCAGGGUUGCUGUAUAUCAGAGGCGCGUAUGUUGUAUGACCAAUUGACCACAAUAUGCCCUAUGAUGAUGGCUUUGAGUGCGGCAACGCCAGCCAUUAGGGGCUACCUGCUUGACACGGAUUGCCGCUGGGAUAUUAUUUCCGCGUCUGUGGAUGAUCGAACAGAGGAAGAGCGUGGAUUCAAGCCACUGGAACAUGAUAGAUUUAGGAUCCAGAAAUCAAGGUACGAUUCCGUGUCAGCGUACAUUUCACCUGAAGGGGGCGCCUAUAACGACACAAGCAUUCCAUAUGAUUGUGAAAUCUACGCUGAACUGCAAGCUGCUGGAAUCGACGAUGUUCUGGCCCGACACAUCGCCCAUCUCUUUAUUCGCGAUCCUAUUGCGCUUUACGCUGAAAAACUUCAAUGUCACGAUGAAGAUGACACCGACCAUUUUGAGAAUAUUCAAUCCACCAAUUGGCAAUCAAUGCGAUUUAAACCACCUCCUCCCAACACUGACAUUGGUUGGCGGGUCGAAUUCCGCCCCAUGGAAGUUCAGUUAACGGAUUUUGAGAACGCAGCAUUUGCAACUUUUGUGGUGCUGCUCACCCGCACCAUUCUCUCGCUCAAGCUUAACUUCCUUAUUCCGAUCUCCAGGGUGGAGGAGAACAUGCGAAAUGCUGUCAAGCGUGACGCCGUAAAUCGGGAGAGAUUUCAUUUUAGGCGCGGUGAUCUUAUAUUUUAUGGCAAGACUAAGGAGGCGGCUGUCGAGGCCUGUCGUCGAAUCCGGCGCUCACAGAACUUCAGCGAGGAUCUUAUUGCCGGUGACUUCUUAAGCUCCAGCUCCUCCUCUCAGGCUUCCAAUGGCGAUGGGGCGUUUACAUGCUCGGUCGAACCGGAGGAGAGCUACACCGCCAUGACCAUCAAUGAAAUCAUCAACGGCAGUGAUACUUUCCCUGGCUUAAUCUCGCUCAUUCGACACUAUCUCAGCAUGAUCGAAAUUGAUCCGAACACCGCCUUCUCCAUCCACCAGUACUUGAGCCUCAUCUCACGCAGAGCUUCAGGCGAAUUGCCGACGACGGCGCGGUGGCUGCGCUAUUUGAUUCAACGCCACCCGGAUUAUCGUGGCGACUCGGUGGUGUCGGCGCGUAUAACAAACGACGUGGUGGCGGAGUGCCUGGCGGUAUCACGCGGUGAGGCAAAUAGAACAGAAAUACUGCUACAUGGUAUGACGUCGUCGCGCACUCGUAGUCGUCCCUCACAGGCGGCUCUCGCUGCGGAGACCUCACUCAACAUGAAGCGCGGCGAGCAGGACGGCCGAAACUCCGCCAGCCUUGCCUACGCCUCUGUCGGCUGCACUUACGGCCACUGCUGA